AUGGAUCCAUGGGCAGCGGUAGAUGUAGGCGGCGGCUCGCGGGCAGGGUCGCCGGGGGGCGGGGCGCUGGACGCGGAGCUGGCGUCGAUCGUUUCGUCACUGAGUGCGCUGUCGAACCCGCACGCUGCUCCGCAGCUGGGCGGGUUCAGAAGAAGCAGUUUUACGGAGACCGAGGGCCCGCGGCGGACCGCGCUGUCGGUGGGGACGGCGCCCGGGUACGGGUCUGGCCAGCGGUUCAAGUACGUGGGGGCGGGCGGUGCGGGGCAGUACUCGGCCAGCAUCGGCGGGCCGAUCCUGUCGACGCAGAGCCCGCCCGCGGCAGACGGCGGGGGCGGGUUCUUUGAGAAGUUUGGCAAGACGCUGAUCGAGGGCACGCGGGAGUUGGAGCAGGGCGCGGAGCCCGCGGAAACGGAAGAGGAGCCGGCGGAGUUUCCGCCGCGCUUCAGAAACAUCUGGAACGUUGCCCAGGCGCCCGUGUUCCGGCCGGGCGAGCCGCAGUAUGCGGAGCCGCCGUUCCAGGGCGGGUUCGCGGUCGAGCCGUUCCCGUUUGUGCCCGAUGGCGAGGUGUAUGCUGCGCCGAAGCGCGGCAAGGGCGGCAGGAAGCCGCGCGCUAACCCGUACCUGGAGGGCAGGAAGAAGAAGGCCGGCAAGGGCUCGUCGCCGCCGCCGCAGCGGCAGCAGGGCGGCAACGCGGGGCCCGCGAGGUCGCCCGUGUUGGAGGAGUUCCGGAUGAACUCCGGGAACAGGAGCUACACCCUCGACGACAUUCUCGGGUACGUGCUCGAGUUCUGCAGGGACCAGCACGGGUCGCGGUUCAUCCAGCACGAGCUGGCGGCGGCGACGGCGUCGCAGCGCGAAGUGGUGUUCAACGAGAUCAGAGACCACGCGAUCGAGCUGAGCGACGACGUGUUUGGCAACUACGUGAUCCAGAAGUUUUUCGAGUACGGUUCCCGGACGCAGCGGGACGUGCUUGUGUCGCAGUUCGCGGGCAAGAUGCGCAAGCUGUCGAUGCAGAUGUACGCGUGCCGGGUGAUCCAGAAGGCGCUCGAGUUCAUCGAGCCGCAGCAGAGGAUCGCGCUCGCAGACGAGCUGUCGUCGUGCGUGCUGGUGAUGAUCAAGGACCAAAACGGGAACCACGUGAUCCAAAAGGCUAUCGAACGGAUCCCGAUGGCAAAGCUGCCCUACAUACUGGACUCGCUCGGUGGCCAGAUCUACCAUCUGUCGACGCACUCGUACGGGUGCCGGGUGGUGCAGCGGCUGCUGGAGUUUGGGUCGGAGCGCGAUCAGUCGAGAAUCCUGGCAGAGUUGAAAGAGUUUAUUCCUUACCUCGUGCAGGACCAGUACGGUAACUACGUGAUCCAGCACAUCCUGCAGCAGAACGGCGCGCAGUCGUAUCCCGAGAUGAGAGCAACGAAGCAGAUGAUCGUCGACACGGUGUCUGAGAAUGUGGUCGAACUCUCCAAGCACAAGUUUGCGUCAAACGUGGUCGAGAAAGCUGUCAUCUACGGGUCUCCGGCGCAGAAGGCGCUCAUCAUGUCCAAGAUACUCCCUCACAGCGAGUCGCACGCAAGGGAGCUGGAAGACUCGGCGCCGAUAAUCCUCAUGAUGCGCGACCAGUUCGCUAACUACGUAGUGCAGAAACUGGUUGGUGUCUCUGAGGGUCAGGACAAGAGAUUGAUCGUCACCGCUAUCAGGGCAUAUCUGGACAAACUGAACAAAUCAGACUCGAUGGGUAACAGACACUUGGCAAGUGUGGAAAAACUCGCUUCGUUGGUCGAAUCGGUUAAACUAUGA